AUGGAGACUCUUAUCAAGCUGGCCAAGCUUGCUCCGCCUACCUACGAGAACUCGCAAACGGACUGUCGCUAUGGGAUCACAACGCACUGGAUGGUGACAAUGCGAGAGCUGUGGCUCCGCUCUUAUAAAUGGAAGGCAUCCGAGGAUCGAAUCAAUAGUUUCCCUCAAUGGAUGACGGAGAUUGAGGGGAUGACAAUUCAUUUUGUCGGACUUUUUUCAGAGAGGAAGGAUGCGAUUCCUAUUCUUCUCAUCCAUGGAUGGCCUGGAAGUUUCUUGGAAUUCCUCCCCAUUCUUGAGCUGUUCCAGAAUGAGUAUACACCAAGUACUUUGCCUUAUCACCUGAUUGUUCCCUCACUACCAGGCUAUACAUUUUCGUCUGGCCCUCCGCUUGACAAAAACUUUUCUACUGAGGAUAUAUCUCGCGUUCUGGAUCAACUCAUGAAAGAUAUUGGCUUCGAAAGCGGUUAUGUGGCCCAGGGUGGAGACAUUGGGAGCCGAAUUGCUAGAGCCCUGGCAGUCGACUAUGAAAGCUGCAAAGCCGUCCAUCUGAACGUAACGUUCAUGAAUCGCCCUGAUGGGAUGACCGAUGAUGCUCUGGAUGCCUAUGAAAGAGAGGGCAUCGAGCGAAUGAACAACUUUAAGAUUAUGGGCAGUGGCUAUUCGACGGAGCAUGGGACUCGACCCAGCACCAUCGGCCACGUCAUUUCAUCGAGCCCGAUGGCCCUUCUUGCAUGGGUCGGUGAAAAAUUCAUGGAAUGGGUAGACGAUCCGCUGCCCCCGGAUCAUAUUCUUGAGUCAAUUACACUGUACUGGCUCACUAAUACUUUCCCUCGGUCGAUCUAUACUUAUCGCCAGAACUUCCCGCCUCCUCCAAUCCCAGCCACCAACACUCCUCGAUGGUACAUUAAGAAGCCGCUCGGAUUCUCUUCCUUCCCCAUGGAGCUGGCUCGCCUUCCUCGUUCUUGGGUGGAGACCACCGGAAACCUGGUUUACUGGGGCCAGCAUGACAAGGGUGGUCAUUUCGCGGCCCUCGAGCAGCCCGAGAAAUUGAAAUCUGACCUCACUGAGUUCGUGCAGAAGGUGUGGCCAGGUAUUACUGGUGCCAAGUAG